GCGGCCUUAUACAUACAUGUAGAUCCAAAAAAGCGUCCGGUUUGUUUGUUUACGUUUGAACAUGGUUUGAAUGUUAUUAAACUUAAACUUAAAAUAAAAAAUAACAAUAAAAUAAAAUAAAACAAUUAAAAUAAUAAAAUAACAACAACAUAUCUUCUAAAGCAAAAUGCCUGGAGAAGUUCAAAUGGAAGACGAAGCUGAGACUUUCACAUUCCAGGCCAAGAUUGCUCAGCUUAUGAGCUUGAUUAUCAACACCUUCUAUAGUCGAUCUCCAACUCCUCAAAUGCCCUAGACAAGAUCCGUUAUGAAUCCCUGACUGACCCAAGCAAGUUGGACAGAGGUAAGGAUCUUAAAAUCAAGAUUGUCCUCAACAAGAAUGCUGACUCACUCUCGACAUCAACGCAUGAUGUCCACAAGAGUAGCCCAGUGCCCCAGUCCAACAAAAACAGUUACAAUUUAGUGUCAGAGACACUCAUGUUCAUCGACUGCAUUUGCGGAUCGACGACGGGCGAACUGGGUCUGCUCGGCCUCUACAUUAAUGAGCACAACGUCACCCUCAUCAACCAAACCCUGGAAACAUUGACGGAAUAGUGCCAAGGACCUUGUCACGAAAACCAAAACUGCAUCGCCACUCACGAGUCGAAUGGACUGGACAUCAUCAAGGCUCUUCUUCUUACCGACAUCAAUCCAUUAGGGCAGCGGAGAAUGGAUCUUGUUUUAGAGUUGAAAAACAACGCCUCCAAGUUGUUGCUGGCCGUCAUGGAGAGUCGUGGCGAAAGCGAGAACGCGGAAAGGAUCCUGUACAACAUGAAUCCUCGCCAAUUGGUGGACGUUGCCUGCAAAGCCUAUCACCAAAAGUUGGUCGGUGGAGAAGAGGCGGCCAGUCCCAAAGAAGUCGGCCAGAACAUUUACAUUUUGUGCCACCAAUUGGCGCAGCACAACAAAGAAUUGGCCGCCCUGAUGAAACCGCCGCCAGUGGACGGAGUUAGCGGUGAUGCGGCCCUGCAGUGCUACGCCGAUCACACGGCGCAAAUCGAAAUUGUCCGUCACGACCGGACGAUGGAGCAGAUUGUCUUCCCCAUUCCGGAAAUGUGCGAGUAUUUGACCAACGACACGAAAGUGCGCGUCUUCCACACGGCGGAGCGCGACGACCAGGGAUCGAAAGUGGCCGCCUUCUUCAAAGGAGUCGACGACAUGUUUGACGAGAUGAAAUGGCAGAAGAAAUUGCGCGGACAGCCGUUCCUCUUUUGGGUCAGCUCGCACAUGUCCAUCUGGAGUCAAAUCCUCUUCAAUUUGGCCGUCAUUAUCAACUUGAUUGUCGCCUUCUUUUACCCGUUUGACACUGACGGACCGGCUCCUGAUCCUGGCACUCACCUCUCAGGUCUCAUCUGGGCCGUCAUGCUCCUAUCCGCCGCUGUGGCCAUCACGUUACCCAAACCGUCGGGUAUCAGGACUCUCGUCAUGACAGUCAUCCUCCGGCUUAUUUGCUCAGCCGGCCCUCAACCCACACUGAUGCUCCUUGGCACCGCCGCGGUAGUGUUGAAGGGCGUCCAUCUGCUGAGCAUCAUGGGCAACGCCGGGACAUUCCAGCGGAGCGUCAGACAAAUCUGCACGGACACGGAGAUUGUCUACCACGUCGUUUACCUCAUCUUUUGCUUCCUCGGACUCAGCACCCAUCCGUUCUUCUUCUCCGUCCUUUUGUUUGACGUCGUCUACCGCAACACAAACUCAGUUUCUCUCAAUUGUUCUUAUUUCAGCGUUUUUGUGAACUGGAAUGAGAGUAUUCAUAUGAUAAAACUAGUCUUAUUGUCUUAAAAUCAUGGCUUUACUACCCUCAUUCUUGGCAUUGUAAAACUACGUGUUACGAGUUGGAAUUUAAUACAACCAAUCGCGGUUUGCUAUAUAAAAA